AUGAGCAACCUAUCAGACAUUGGAGAACAUUUAGGGUACAGAACCAACUCCAACAAAAACCCAUCAGACAUUGGAGAACAUUUAGGGUACAGAACCAACUCCAACAAAAAACCAUCAGACAUUGGAGAACAUUUAGGGUACAGAACCAACUCCAACAAACACCCAAACCCUAAACCACCUCAUGAACGCCAUGUAGACAGCCUCAGCCACCACCUUGGAUACGCUGCUCAGCCAUCAAAGACAAUUAAGAAACCGGAUAUCACUGCUCCAAACGCCAAACCCACACACGAGACUGGACUCUUCUCUUUACUUGUUUUGGAUUCAUUGCGUUCUAUCAUUUCAUCUUUUCUUCUCUCUUUCUCCUUCAUGCCAUAUAGUCCCAUACAUAUGUUCAUUGAAGCAGGAGAGAAGCAAAACAGGCAAGUCAGUGCAACUUUGAGGGAAUUCAACACCUCAUCUGACUUUGUGUUGAAGAGGUGGGAGACAGAUGUGAGGUCAGUGGAGAAAGGAGGGGAUGGUGGCGAUGAUGAGUGUGUUGUCGCUGUAAAGGAGGAAGAUAGAGGUGGAGUCGAUGAAGGAAGAAGGGGAUGGUCGUGGUGGAACGUGUGGUGUCACGUUAGAGGAGGGAUACGAAGAUCAUUUGCUAAGGUUUAA